GCUAAGGGUGCAGACCUGCUGAAUCGUCAUGUAUACCGGUCCCGGGCAUGUGCUCGUCGCGAUCGCGAUCGCACUCGUCGUCGGUUCAUCCGUGUCGCCGUCCCGCGGAGAGCUUAUCGUCGAUAUGCCCAAAUUCGCUGAACCGAUAACAAAUGUUACGGUUCCGGUUGGCAGAGAAGCAACAAUAGUGUGCAUUGUGGAUGAUCUUGGUUCUUAUAAGGUAGCUUGGUUACGGGUGGACACGCAGACCAUAUUGACCAUCCACAACCACGUGAUCACGAAAAACCACCGGAUCGGUGUGUCGCACUCGGACCACAGAACGUGGCACAUACACAUCAAGGAGGUAAGAGAGUCCGAUAAGGGAUGGUACAUGUGUCAGAUAAACACGGAUCCGAUGAAAAGUCAACUGGGCUUCUUAGACAUCGUCGUUCCUCCAGACAUUUUGGACUAUCCAACGAGCACAGACAUGAACGUCCGCGAAGGCAACAACGUGUCGCUGAGAUGCGCGGCUUCGGGAUCACCGGCGCCCAAUAUCACGUGGCGCAAAGAAGGAACCGAUCUUAUACGUCUGGAACGCAGCCAACAAGUGCACAGCGUUGAAGGGCCAGUUCUGAAUCUGACACGGAUCAGUCGCUCUCACAUGGGAGCAUAUCUAUGCAUUGCGUCCAACGGCGUACCGCCAUCGGUCAGCAAACGGAUUAUGCUGGUGGUGAAUUUCCCGCCGAUGAUAUGGAUCCAAAACCAGCUGAUCGGAGCAUUCAUUGGCCAAUCACUAACUCUCGAGUGCUUGUCCGAAGCGCAUCCCAAGUCGAUCAACUAUUGGACCCGAGAGGCCGGCGAGAUCAUUGCUCACGGAGAAAAAUAUGAACCAGAAGAGUUUGUCACUGAACAAUAUAAAACGCGAAUGAAACUCACAAUUAAGUCUGUUACUGUCGAAGAUUACGGCACGUACAAAUGUUUGUCGAGAAACGCACUCGGAGACACAGAUGGCACAGUAAAAAUUUACCAAGUGGCUAAUAACGGCGCACACAGCACUACGCGACCCAAGCACAGAUACAAGAACCGUAACCGGACCAGAAUACGAGUGCAAUCGAAUGAUAUUAGAGACUCGGCGUUCUUAUCGAAGGACGAAAAUAACGAAUUGCAGACACAUUACGACGAUGAUGGUGAAUUUGAAGAAUACGAUUCCGGAUCGCAAACUCACGGUCUAGCUCUCUACACCGCAAUUGUAAGCGUAAUCAUGUUGGUGUACGUGCACGAGUGACUCCAAAACACUACAAAAUAUACACUGUCCAAUAAACUUACGAUUUAUAAUAAUAAUAAUAAUUUACUUAUAUGCAUAGAUAAUACUAUAUGUUGUUAAGUCUGAAAUGUUUUUGAUCUUUUUUCGUGGUUUGAUUUUAUUUUUUUAGUCCGAUUUCUUGAAUGUAUUGAUUACUAUACACUUGAAUUUAAACAUGUAAUACCAUGUAUUACGAAUAGAUUAUAAUAAAUAAGUAUAUA